AUGAAUGGAACUGGAAAAUUUGAACUAAAGCUUAGGCCUUUGAUUCGGUGCAGUGCACUUCUGAAAAUAAUAGUGAUAAGUUAUUUUUUGGAAGAUGACCUUGAAUUAAGGUUGGGAAAGAGUAUUGAGUCUUACGACAGCACUGAAACUGCUUCUUACUGCAAUCCACUCAAUGAUGGUACCAUAGUUGCAUCUCCGCCACCGCCCUAUCGUUGCCAUGAUUCCCCGCCGGUCGUCGACGAUACUCCAAGUCACUCCACCCAACCUCCCUUGCUCCCGGCGAACGCCCACGCGGGUGAACCUGACGUUGGUCCCCAUGUGUACAAGCAAGCUGUGAUUUGGUACGAUGAGUGUACCGUUCGUUACUCCAACAACUCAUUCUUCUCCACUGUCUCCGUCAGACCUAGAGUUGGCCUGUUGACCACUGCUAAUAUCUCAAACCAGGAAAGUUUCAUGAAUUUAUUGUUUCAGACCAUCAACGAAACUGCAGAUGCUGCUGCUGUUGAUGUUCAGAAGUUUGCAACAGGGGAAGCAAAAAUUUCUGGGUUUCAGAGCCUUUAUUGUCUGGCUCAGUGUACUCGGGACCUGUCACCCAGUGAUUGCAGAAGCUGUCUGAGUGGAGUGAUAGGCGACCUUCCAUGGUGCUGCCAAGGGAAGCAAGGAGGGAGAGUUCUGUACCCAAGCUGCAAUGUUAGGUAUGAGCGUUACCCUUUCUAUGGCUCCACACCUGAAGAUUCACAGUUAUCAGAAGAUCCAAUUUACCUAAAUCACAUUUGCUCAACUAAUGUAACUGCUGAUAGCGAUUUCAAAAUACAUCUGAGCACCCUUCUCUCUUACAUGUCUUCCAAUGCCACCAACCAAAUGGAUUACAAGGAUGUUGUUGAGGACACUGUUUAUGGCCUCUUCAUGUGCCGAGGUGACCUUCCCUCUCCUCUCUGUCAUCAGUGUGUCCUCAACGCAACCCUCAUAAUAUCUUCAGAGUGUAAUUCGUUUCAAGAGGCUGUAAUUUGGUACAACUACUGCAUGAUUCGCUAUUCCUAUCGCCAUUUCUUCUCCCAGGUUGAAAAGAGGCCACCUUUUCAGAUGUUAAGUCUUAUCAAUACCUUCAACGAUGUUCGAGAGCAAAGCUUCUUCACUUACACAUUAUCAACAACGUUGUAUAAUCUUUUUGAGGCAGCGAAGAGCAGUACAGAGAGAUAUGUGACUAAAUCUUCACUAAUUGAUGACUCAGAAACCCUUUAUGUUCUUGCUCAAUGUACGCAGGAUUUGUCUGGUGAGAAUUGCAGCCUUUGCCUGGAAGAUAUAAAUAAAAACAUGCCAUUCGCUCAACUGGGAAACACAGGGGGGAGAGUUCUGUAUCCGAGUUGCAAUCUCAGAUAUGAAUUUUUCCAAUUUUACAGGGAUCCUACAUGGCAGACGCCUGGUAAUUCUUCUCCAACACUCCUAAAAGGUACACUCCACUCCUUAACAUCUCGUUUAAACAGGAAAAAACAAAAGAAACAAUUGCGAACAAUUAUCUCGAUUGUUCUAUCUAUUAUUGUUUCGGUGACGCUCUUUAUCUUCGUCUACUAUUUGAUAAAGAGAAAAGCAAGAAAAAGUGUUAAGUCUAUUCUUAGAGAAAAUUUUGGUUAUGAAAGUGUCACUUUAGAGCCAUUGCAAUUCAGUUUCUCAAUAAUUAAAGCAGCUACCAACAAUUUUUCAAAUGAGAAUAGGAUUGGAAAGGGAGGAUUUGGAGAAGUUUACAAGGGUGUUCUUUUUGAUGGACGACAAGUAGCUAUAAAGAAGCUUUCAAAAAGUUCUAAACAAGGAGUGCAUGAAUUCAAGAAUGAAGUUUUAUUGAUAGCCAAGCUCCAACAUAGAAAUCUUGUCACAUUCAUUGGCUUUUGUCUUGAAGAAGAACAAAAAAUACUUAUCUAUGAAUAUGUGCCAAACAAGAGUCUUGACUAUUUUUUAUUUGAUUCUCAAAAAGCACAUUUGUUAAGUUGGUCACAACGUUAUGAAAUUAUUACAGGAAUUGCUCGAGGAAUCCUUUAUUUACAUGAACAUUCUCGACUUAAAGUUAUACAUCGUGAUCUUAAGCCCAGUAAUAUUUUAUUGGAUGAGAAUAUGAUUCCAAAAAUUUCAGAUUUUGGUCUUGCCAGAAUUAUUGAAAUAAAUCAAGAUGAAGGGAGUACAGGGAGAAUUGUUGGAACAUAUGGUUAUAUGUCUCCAGAAUAUGCUAUGUAUGGACAAUUUUCAGAAAAAUCAGAUGUUUUUAGCUUUGGAGUCAUGGUCAUAGAGAUUAUUACUGGAAAAAAGAAUUUCACUUCUUAUGAUCAACCACAAGAAGUUGCUAACAACCUUUUGAGUUAUGCGUGGAGACAAUGGAGGGAUAAGACAAUAUUAAGCAUAUUAGACCCAAGUAUUAAAGAAAAAUAUUCAGAAGAGGAAGUUUCUAUAUGCAUUCAAAUUGCUUUAUUAUGUGUGCAACAAAAUCCUCAUGCUAGACCAUCAAUGGUGAAGAUUGUUUCAUAUUUUAGCAAUCAUUUAGUUGAAUUGCCAAGACCAGAGGAACCCACAUUUUUCUUGCAAGAAUCAAGUCAUGGACAUUCUCCAAGCGGUUGCACUCCAUUCUCAGUUAAUGAAAUGUCAAUUAGUCAAUUUCUUCCUCGAUAG